AUGGCAUUCUCUCCCGCAGCUUGCACUAUCCAUUCAGACUCCUCCACAAUACGGGCCGCCAAAACGUCGUAUCGGGAGUCAAGGCCGACAACAUCUUCGCCAGAAACUAGCCAACUUUUACAUGAUUUGAGUUUCAAGGUUGAACAUGGUGGCAGACUCGAUCCGUCUCUGGCCUCCUCUGUGUCCUUUGAAGAACUUCACCAGUUCAACACGCCUUUCCCCAGCGCGGCCCGUGUCGACUGUGAGCCAGCUGCCGAAGUCACGACAGGCUACACGACUCGAUAUCGCUCCCCAGCAUGUGCGUACCUGUCUCCAGAGUAUUCCAGCGCGUAUAGUCCAUCGAUGGCGAGUGAUGGCAUGCAUGAACAUUCGCAUGAGUCGAGCAAGAUUUGGACAAUGACACCAACAAGGGACGCCGAACGCAACAUGCCUCACCGUACCUCGACUCCUGUGUCUUUGGGAGGGGCAGUAAACUACAGCCAGGUCUUUGUUCCCGCUUAUGAUGCCGCUCCCUCCAAAAGCACACCAACAAAUUGGCCGCCUCACGCAUCAGGUAUUCAUCCAUCCGGGGAUGUCGACUUCAACCUUGCCGCAGACCAGGCCACCAGUGGUAUGGCCAACAUGGCACCCAAGCAACACCAGACCCUCACGCUCAAUUACCUCAACCUUGCACCCUUGCCGGAAGAUGGCCCUCCCAGCUACACGUAUGGCUCUGGCCCUGCCCACGGCUUCACGGACUGUACCACGUCAGUCGCGGUGCUGUCGUAUGAGCGCCCCCUCUUUGAGGACCCUAUUCAACUGUCCCCAGAGCCUCACACUGGGACGGCCGCAGGUCCCAGCGGCCCGAGGGCGGCGCGCCCGGUGAGGGAUAUUGAAGAGCCAGUCCCUCCCGUAUUGCCUCGUCAUACCGAUGGAAGAACAACGACGUGCAAAUCCUGCAGAAGGACUAUGACAGGUCCAAUAGAGGAGGAGGCGCACGACAGAGAGUGCGACCGGCUCCGGUGUCUGUUCCGCUUUGCGGGAUGCAAAGCCAGAUUCAAAGGGAAGAACGAAUGGAAACGACACAUCAGGACGCAGCAUCUGCUCCCAAUGGCGUUUGUCUGUGCGGAGUGUGACAUGAAAGAGUUCAACCGGAAGGACCUCUUCAAGCAGCACCACAUUCGAAUGCACAGCACGGACGAGGAGGCGGACGCGUUCAAGAGGAAAAGGCCAUCUAAAGCAUUGGAGAAGAGGCUUCAGGAAAAGUUCCAGCAAGCAAGCCGUGGAGUUGAAACACCGCCCCUCAGGGCACACAGAUGCUUGUUGCAGGGUUGUGACACCAAGUUUCCAGAAGCUGACUCUUGGGAGCGGUGCUUGGAGCACGUUGCCAAGCAUCUCGAAGCCAUGAUGAAGGGCAGGGAAGAAGAACGCCACUACAUCUUUACGAAUGAGCAGAUGGACACUUUUCAAAAAAUGGGCGCCAUCGUCUACGACAAUGGGCAAUGGAUUCUUGGUGCGCAAUCUAGUGGAGAGCGAGCUCGGAGGAACAAGAAGAAGAUUGCGAGGAGACAGGCCGACGGGGGUCCCGGAGGCCCUGCCCCGAAAGCCAGGCGGUCUCGCAGAAGUUGA